AUGCCAAUCUCCGCCCUCAUCUUCGGCGCAACGGGCCUCACUGGCCGGAACCUGGUCUCCGCCGCCGCCGCGCUGGAGCAGUUCUCCCCGCUCUACACCGUCUCCCGGCGGGCGCCGUAUACCUCGCCUUCUGCCGAGGACGGCUCGGUCAAGCCGGCGGGCAAGAUGACCGCCGUCAUCGAGGACAACAGCGACGGUGAAGAAGCAGACAGCGGCAGCGGCAGUGGCGACGGUCCAGGAAAGGGGGGCAAGUGGGCUGCCAAGCUCGCCGAGAUUGCCACGGGCGAGGGCAAAGCAGGCGGCCGCCUGGAUGUCGUUAUGUCUGCGCUGGGCACGACGAGGAAUAACCCGGGCGGCCUGAAGGGGCAGUGGAAGAUUGACCAUGACUUGAACAUUGAGCUCGCCAAAGCCGCCAAGGCCGCCGGCGUCAAGACGUACCUCUUCGUCUCGUCCGCCGGCACGCGGGGCUACAUCGCCUCCAUGAUCCCCUACUCCAAGAUGAAGGUGGGCGUCGAGGACGCCAUCCGCGACCUGGGCUUCGAGCAGGCCAUCAUUCUCCGGCCCGCGGCGAUCCUGGGAGCCCGGGACAGGCCGCACACGGGCGGGCCGUGGCUCAACAACGCGGUCAACAGCCUCGCGUACAUCAGCCAGGGCGCGCGGGACGCGAUGGGCCAGGACGCCGACGUCAUCGCCAAGGCCGGGCUGGCGGCCGUCAUGGCGGCCAAGGAGGGAAAAGUGCCCAAGGGCCAGGAGGGGUACUGGGUGCUCGAGGGCAAGGAUAUCCUCAAGUUGGGGAGGGAUGAGUGGAAGGCUUGA